AUGUUAAGCUUGACAUCCGUGGACAUAUCAUACAAUAAUUUGGAGGAACCUCUUCCUAACAACAAAGCUUUCAGCAGGGCACAAAUAGCAGCACUAGAACAUAACAGAGGCUUGUGUGGCAACAACACUGGAAUAUACUGUGUUGGUUUCAAAAAAGUGAGAAAGAUAGAUGAUGAGCCAAGGGAUACAGAAAAUGAAAAUAUGUUUGUGAUAUGGAGCUAUGAUGGGAAAAUAGCACAUCAAAGCAUUGUUGAAGCAACAGAGGCAUUCAACUCAAGAUAUAGCAUUGGAGAGGGGGGAUGUGGAAGAGUUUAUAGAGUUGAGUUGCCAAACGAUCAAGUUGCUGCUGUGAAGAAACUUCACCAAUCAGAGGAUGUCAUAAUGGCUAACCUAAAAGCCUUUACCAGUGAGAUUACUGCUUUAACAGAAGUAAGACACCAGAAUAUUGUAAAGCUUCACGGGUUUUGUUCACAUGCAAGAUACUCAUAUUUGGUGUAUGAGUUCUUGGAAGGGGGAAGCUUGAGAAAGAUAUUGAGCAAUGAGGUUAAGGCAAUGGAAUUGGACUGGAUUAGGAGGGUGAAAGUUGUAAGAGGUGUUGCCAGAGCUUUAUCCUACAUGCACCACGACUGCUCACCUCCUGUUAUUCAUCGAGACAUAUCAAGCAAUAACAUACUGCUAGAUUUGGACAAUGAAGCCCACGUCUCUAACUUCGGCACAACAAGGAUUUUAAAGCCUAACUCAUCCAAUUGCACAUCAUAUGCAGGCACCCUCGGGUAUUCAGCUCCAGAGUUUGCUUACACAACGGAAGUGAACGAGAAGUGCGAUGUUUACAGCUUUGGGAUGGUAGCAUUGGAAGUGAUAAUGGGAAGGCAUCCAGGCAGCUUCAUCUCCACCAUAUCGUCGUGA